CUUACAUGACGCACGGGGCAUAUAUACUUAGAACCACAAAAAAAGGGAUUUUUUAUGAUUUUUUUUCAGAGCCAAGAAGCAAACUAUAAAAAUGGGACUUUUUUGCAUAAUGAAUUUUUUGACACGUUUUGUAGUUUUCUUACAAAUUUUAUUACAAUGAUGUUGUUGAAAAAUUCCUUCAUUGCUCCACUGUUGUGUAGUCAAUCGUGCAUGUUUUCACGGUGACAAUGAUUUUUCCUUCCCUGGCAUCCCAAAGAAUAAAUUUCCUUGUCGUUGUCAUAUCUAAUUUUUAAAAUUCGAAUUCUUUCUGUUUUUUUUUUAAACAAGCAAAAAUAAAAUUUUUUGCCGAAAAUCAGCACUCUAACUUUAAAGAACUGCCAUUUUGUUCAAAAUUCGAAUUUUAAAAAUUGGAUACGACAACGACAAGGGAAUUUAUUAUUUUUUAAGAUAAGUUUGGUUUUUGAAUUUUAGUUGAACAAGGAAGAAGAAAUUGUCAUCGUGGAAACAAGCACAGUUGACUACACGAUAGUGAAGUGGGGAAAUUUUUCAACAAAGUUAUUGUGAUAAAAUUUGUAUAAGAACUAUAAAACGUUGUGUUUUCACGACUCAUAGACGCUAGUCUCUCUCCGCGGUGAUAAGGAAUCGCAUUCAUAAUUAUGAUAGCGAACAAGUGCUAUGAGAACACCGUACAUGAUAUUUGGCAAGAAAUGACCAGUGAGGAUAAAAGAUAUGCAGCGGAAUAUUUGAAUGAAACUGAUGAAAACAAAGAGAACGCCGUGGCGGAGAUCAAACGCUGGAUCGAAGAAAACGACAAUUUGCCGACACAAAUUGAUGAUUUUCUUAUUCUACGUUUUUUGAGAGUUGGCAAAUUUGAUCUCGAGAAAACUAAGAGUAGAAUUGAAAACUAUUAUAAGCAGCGAUCCAAGUUACCGGAAUGGUACAAAAAUAAGAAUCCAUUUCAACCAGGACUACAGGAACUUCUUGAUUUGGGAAUAAUAUUGCCUUUGCGAAAACCAGACAGCCAAGGAAGACAGAUUUUUAUUUUCCGUGGAACUCUGCAUGAUCCAAGCAUACAUGACGUGCCAUUUCUAGCUAAAAUCUAUAUUUUGACGAUGGAAGCGGCGAUACAACAUUAUCCCUUAUCAUCUGUGUAUGGUUGCUCACUGUUUGUAGACAUAACUAAUCCAACUAUCCGUCACGUUAUUCAAUUCAAACCCUACGAUAUAAUGAAUGUGAUCCAACUGUGGCAGAACUGCUAUCCUAUGAGAUACCAGAAAAUUGUUUUCUUUAACACGCCGGCAAUCUGCGAUGUUCUUGUAAGAAUUUUCAAAUCUUUUAUGUCCAACAAACUAAAGAGUAGAUUUCAUGUCUAUUCGAACGCGGGCAACUGUUUUGAAGAUAUUCCAACUAAUAUCUUGCCUAUUGAAUAUGGUGGUACUGACGGUACACUUCAGGAAUUAACAGAAUAUUGGAAAAAAUUUAUUGAAGACAAUUGUGAUUUGCUUACGGAAGAUGAAAAUGACCGGAGAAUCCAGGCAACUGAAUUUAUUGAACCAGAUUUUUACCAGACUUAUCUAUAAAUUUUUGAUGGUACAAUUUUUGUAAAAGUCGAGAAAUAAAUAAUAGGUAUUAUAAGGACCUAGAACAGUGCCAUGGACUUUCGAUCCUCAACCUGGGAGGCAAGAAACCGGUACGCGGCAGGUGCGAAAAACCGGCGUGAGGUGUCAUAAUUACCGAAUCGAGCGUGUCGAAAGCGGGGCUUUCUUUUUCUUCUCGUAAGUUUAUCGGUAGCAACUCGUAAUUCAGCCUAGGCCAACACGACCUAGACACGAGCGCAGCGCCGGAAUUUUUCUUCGAAGUCCCUUCAGGCAUCGGCAAAAUUCAACAUGGUUCCAGCGAAAUUUCAAAUUGACAGCAUCAAUUGUUAGUGAUUAGGCAUUUCGAGGAAUCGCGUGAUGGCAAAUAAUCGCCUUUACUGUGUCACUUCGUAAAGUUAUUUAAUUAUUUAUAAAUACCUUCUUUAAAAAAUUCUUUUCACUUACUUUCUGUAAUGAAUAGCAAUUUUAUAUAUUUCGUGGCAAUCUUAUAUAUGUAAUAAAUUCAAAUUUUAAUUAAAAUGCAAUAAAUUUUUAAUAAUAUUUUAAUAAUACAUUGUUUAAUAUUCAAAUUUUUGAAUUACAGUAAAAAUGCGUGUAUUAUUUUUUUAAUGCAAAUCCAUCCAGAUGGUGCGAUGUAUGGUUACUGCAUAAAGCUUAUUUAACAUGAAAAUUAUUUUGGAAAACACGUUUUUUCUAAAGUGCUAUGUUCUAAUCUAAAGUUUUAUUCCAACAAUUUAAUUUAAUGUAUAAUAUAAAUAUUUCUUUUUCUAGAAUAUUGAAGAAAUCAAAGUGAAGUGCUUUAAGAAUCCUAAGAAUGACAAAAUCGAAUAAUAUUUUAUUAACAUAUUUAAUAAUAUUUUAUUAAUUUUUAUUAGGAUAUAUAAUUAAUAAGAUUGGAUUUAGGUUAGUAGAUUUAUAAUCAGCAGAAAAUGUUUGCUCUUAACACAAAUUUGUACUUUGUUUAUCUUUCCAAAUUUUGAGAAAAAAAUCUUUUUAUCUUUUGCUAUGUAACGUGAUGUGUUCUAUUAAUAAUAUAAUAAACGAACAAAUAAAAU